AUAUAUAUAUAUAUGUGUGUGUAUCAACUGUUUGUUUCACAACAAAAAUCCUCUAAACUAAUUUUCUUGUCAUAUAUUUAAACACAAGCUAAGUGUCAAGAAAUUGAACUUUUUUCUUGGAAAACAUGAUGGAGCUACAAUUGGGACUUGCACUUUGUGGCAAUUCAACAAAAGGGUAUAAUCUUGAUGAAUUCACAAUUGAGUCUUUGUGUGGAAAUUUCAAUUUGAACACCAAAAAACCAAGCUCAAGUGAAACUCUUGAUUUCCAAGAUGAAAAUAAUGUCCAAGUUCUUCAAACUUUGCCUUUGCUUGUUUGGGAUAAAGCUGAUGAUGAUCACAGUGAACCUCAAAGAAAAGAUGGUUAUGAAGCUGGGGUGGUAGGGUGGCCACCGGUUAAUUCAUUAAGGAAAAUACUCUGCCACCAGAGCAGCCGCGGUGGUGGCGGUGCAGUGAACUAUGUCAUGGUGGAGAAUGGUGGCGGUAGCAGUGGCAGAGGAUCUUUAUAUAAGUAUGUGAAAGUGAAAAUGGAAGGAGUGGGAAUUGCAAGGAAAAUUGACUUAAGUCUUUUUCAAUCAUAUGGGACACUCACUGACACUUUAAUUUCCAUGUUUGGAAAAAGUAAAGAAAAUGGUGAUGCUUAUAAACUUACUUAUCAGGACAAAGAAGGUGAUUGGCUUCUUGCUGGUGAUGUACCAUGGAGGACUUUUGUUGGGUCAGUGCAGAGGCUAAAAUUGGUUACAGAUGAAGAUUAUUGACUUAUGGAAUAGCUUAUUUCCUUUAAUCUUUUAUGUCUCUCUUAUAUAUUUUUAUGUCUAGAAAGAUGUAUCUGAAAUAGAGUUUUUGACUAUUUUGUGUAGAGUUCUGAAGAACUUAA